AUGAAAACGUUGCUCUUUGAGAUGGUUGGCAAUUGUCAUACAAUGACUCAGAAGACAAGUCAGUCAUGGAAUGACUAUACCUCGAAGAUCGUUGAAGAUAACGGUGACAAGAAUGACAAUGAUCCCGAUGACGGUGGUGGUAGUCAUCUUGAUCUACCGACUGGGAAAUCCAAUCCCAGGUUUUUGAAUGCGUUCCGCAUCUUGUGGUGCUCCCAGAUCGACUAUAAAGAUGAUGACGAUGCUCAUGACGUUGAUGAUGAUGACGAUGAUGAUGAUGAUGAUGAUGACUCGGAUGAUGAGGGUGAUGAUGACUCGGAUGAUGAUGAUGAUGAUGUUGAUAAUGCUGAUGAUGAUGAUGAUGACUCGGAUGAUGAUGACGAUGAUGAUGAUGAUGACGAGGAUGAUGAUGAUUCGGAUGAUGAUGAUGAUGAUGAUGAUGAUGAUGAUAAUGAUGACUCGGAUGAUGAUGACGAUGAUGAAUCGAUUGUUGAUGAUGAUGAUGAUGAUCAUUCGGAUGAUGAUGAUGAUGCUGAUGAUAAUCUUGAUGAUGGUGAUGAUGAUGAUGAUGACGAGGAUGAUGAUGAUCAUGAUGAUGAUGAUGGUAAUGAUGAUGAUGAUGAAGGUGAUGUUCAUGAUGAUAAUGAUGCUGCUGCUGCUGCUCCUGCUGAAGAUGAUGAUGAUGAUGAUGAUGAUGAUGAUGAUGACUCGGAUGAUGAUGAUGACGGUGAUGAUUCGGAUGAUGAUGGUGAUGAUGAUGAUGAUGAUGCUGAUGAUGAUGACGAUGAUGAGUCGGACGAUGAUGAUGAUGCUGAUGAUCCUGAUGAUGAUGACUCGGAUGAUGAUGAGGACGAUGAUGACUCGGAUGAUGACGAUGAUGAUGAUGAUGACGAUGACGACUCGGAUGAUGAUUAUGCUGCUGCUGAAGAUGAUGUUGAUGACUCGGAUGACGCGGAUGGGGAUGAUGAUGAUGUUGAUGAUGUUGAUGAUGAUGAUGAUGACUCGAAUGAUGAUGAUGACGAUGUUAUUCAUGAUGAUGAUGAUGACGAUGAUGCUGCUAAUGAUGAUGAUGAUGAUGCUGAUGAUAAUUUUGAUGAUGCUGAUGAUGAUGGUGAUGAAGACGAGGAUGGUGAUGAUGAUGAUGAUGAUGAUGAUGAUGAUGAGGUUGAUGAUGAUGAUGAUGGUGAUGAUGAUGAUGUUGAUGAUGAUGAUGAUGAUGAUGAUGAUGACUCGGUUGAUGAUGAUGAUGCUGAUGAUGAUGAUGAUGAUGACUUGGAUGAUGGUGAUGACGACGAUGACUCGGAUGACGAUGAUGAUGAUGAUGUUGACGAUGAUGACUCGGAUGAUGAUUAUGCUGCUGCUGCUGAUAAUGAUGAUUAUGAUGAUGACUCGGAUGAUGACGAUGCUCAUGAUGACGAUGAUGAUGUUGAUGAUGAUGAUGAUGAAUAUGAUCAUGAUGAUGAUGAUGAUGAUGAUUCGGAUGAUUAUGAUGAUGAUGAAGAUGAUUCGUAUGAUUCGGAUGAUGCUGAUGAUGAUGAUGAUUCGGAUGAUGAUGACGAUGAUGAUGAUGAUGAUGCCGAUGAUGAUGAUGACGGUGACGAUGAUGAUCUUGAUGAUGGUGAUGAUGAUGAUGAUUCGGAUGAUGAUUCGGAUGAUGAUAAUGAAGAUGAUGAUGAUGACGAUGAUGAUGAUGAUGAUGAUGAUGAUGAUGAUGAUGAUGAUCAUGAUGCAAAUGAUAAUGUUGAUGAUGAUGAUGAUGAUGAUGAUGAUGAUGAUGAUGACUCGGAUGAUGAUGAUGAUGAUCGGAUGAUGAUGAUGAUGAUGAUGAUGAUGAUGAUGACUCGGAUGAUGAUGAUGAUGAUGGCUCGGUUGAUGAUGACGAUGAUGACUCGGAUGAUGAUGAUGAUGAUGAUGAUGCUGAUGAUGACUCGGAUGGUGAUGAUGAUGAUGAUGAUGAUGAUGAUGAUGAUGACUCGGAUGAUGAUUAUGCUGAUGGUGGAUGAUGAUGAUGAUGAUGAUGGCUCGGAUGAUGAUGAUGUUGAUGAUGAUGACUCGGAUGAUUAUGAUGAUGAUGAUGACUCGGAUGGUGAUGAUGAUGUUGAUGAUUCGGAUGAUGAUGGUGAUGAGGAUGAUGACGAUGAGGAUGAUGAUGAUAACGAUAACGAUGUUGAGUCGGUUGAUGAUGUUGAUGGUGAUGAUGAUGAUGAUGAUGACUUCGAUGAUGGUGAUGACGAUGAUGACUCGGAUGAUGAUGAUGAUGAUGACGAUGAAUAUGAUGAUGAUGAUGAUGAUGAU